CCGAAAACCCGAAAUAAUUCUCGAACCAAAAAGCUCAGGGAAGGACUUCAACAAUGGAGAGGAGAAACAGAGACGACAAGAUGGGCGGACCGGGUCCCCAGAACCAAGCCCAGACCCGAGGUCCACCCGGCAGACCCCUCCCUCCUCCUCCUCACUCUAGGGGUCCACCGCCCCCGCCCCCUCCCCGCCUCGAGCCCGUCGACCGUGAAAAGACUUGCCCUUUGUUGCUUCGGGUUUUCACUAAGAUUGGAAGUCAUCAUAAUAAUGAGGAUUUUGCAGUCAGAGGCAAGGAACCCAAAGAUGAGGUCCAAAUUUAUACAUGGAAAGACGCGACACUUCGCGAGCUAACUGAUCUUGUCAAAGAGAUUGCUCCAGAGGCUAGGAGAAGAAAUGCAAAACUUUCUUUUGCUUUUGUAUACCCUGACAGGCGCGGUCAUUUUGUUGUGAAAACGGUUGGGAUGACACAUUCUUAUGGAAAUGGUAGAAAUCCGGAUGAGAACAAGGCAUUGAAUGAUUUUAACUUCCAGAUUGGGGAUUAUUUAGAUGUGGCGGUCCUAUAGAGAAGAUGGUGGUUGCUGCAUCAGCUGUGAUGCUUUUAUAAUGGCAGCAUCUCAGAUGGAUUGAGUAGGAAGGAGCGAACCUGUCUCAUGUUUUUCCACCUUUAGAGUUGAUUUGAUGCCCAUUUUUGUGGAUGUAUUAAUAUGCUUUAUCUGCCGUUACUCAACCGUCUUGUGGAGGCCGUUCUGUAUGUUGUAUGGAUGUUGAAACGCUUCAGGAAGUAUUCUCGUAAUCUUAGUACUAUUGGUUUUUCAGUUCUUGCUACAUGAGAAAACACUUUAUCAUAUAUUAGCUGGACAAUUUUUUAAGUA